AUGCCCUCCGGAUACCAGCAGCCUCACACUAUCCAUCCGGCAACAUUUGACGGUUUGAUGCACAUUGUGCUGCCCUUAUACUUCCGUCAUUGCACCGUUGGCACGGCCAUGCUGACCUCUAUCGAGGAAAUUAUUGUGACGGCGAAUAUGACGACAAUACCUGGCAGUCAACUCGACGUAUGCGCUGCCCUCUCUCCUUCAGGACCGCGCUCCGGUUCGGUCGACGUAACAGCUUUCCAAAAAGACAGUAAUGAGCCAAUCCCAGUAGUCAUUCUGCGUGGCCAGAAGUUCCAAGGCAUCGCCACCACCGUGGCAUCCGCACCAGCAACAUAUGUUCCCCGUCCAUUGCACAGUGUGCAUGAGCCCCUCAGAAUGACGAUUGCCACUCCGGGAGUAGUCAGCAGCUUAUGCUUUGUUGAAGACCAGGACUCCAAGGCUGCCCUGCGGGCGGAUGAGGUUGAGAUUAAGGCUUUGGCAUUUGCCUUAGAUGCAGCCGAUAUCGACAUGAUCCUUGGCAAAAGUAGUAAUUCUACCAGCAUUGGAGAGUGUGCUGGUAUAAUUGCGGCUGUGGGAUCUGAUUUGGCAAACUCCUUCCAGAUUGGCGAGCGAGUCUGUGCCUGGAACACCAGCGUUCCUUUCGCGACUACUAGGACACGGGUCAAGGCCCCUUUUGUGCAGAGGAUACCAGCAUCGUGGUCGUUUGGAGCGGCCGCAGCUCUUCCGCAAAACACGUCUCUUGCUUAUCACGCCUUACAUGACUGUGCUCAGCUCGAGCCGGGCCAGACUGUGCUGGUCAAUAAUGCACAGGGUGCGCUUGGACAGGCUGUAGCUCUUGUUGCAAGUUUGCUGGGUAUCCGGGUGUUAGCAACGGUCAAGACAAACGCGGAAAAAGAGGCACUGGAGUGGUUUGACACUACACGGCCAGUUCAUAUACUCUAUUCCGAGGAUUCUGCACUUGUAAAAUCAUUGUUGCGGUUGACAAAGGGUACAGGUGUCGACGCAGUGCUCAACACAUCACCAACACCCAUUCAGGCCGAGUUGAUUGAAUCAGUCAAGGCCUUCGGCACAGUAGUCGAUCUUCACCAGCAGCCUGCGCCUUCCACCUUUGCAAAUCGUGCGAUCAAAUAUGUCUCCUUCGAAGCAGGUCAGCUUGUCAGGUGUCUUCCCUCAAUGGCAAGCUCGGCUUUCAAAACGGUGCUAUCUUUGCUACCGGAAGCUUGUGUUGAUGGUUGGUUACCUAUCACUGCAACGCCCAUAUCGGAGGUCGCAUCGGCUUUCAAGGCGGUGCAAAGUCAGAAGAACAUUGGUAAAACGGUGUUGCUUGGGGACGACAAUGCGCUCGUCAAUGUCAAGGAGGCGGUCGUCCCAGCGACUAGUCUCGCACAAGUGGAUCGUAUCAUCCAGGCCAUCAAUGACCUCACUGUUUCCCAAGACCAGAAGAAGGCCUUGCUUGCUUUGAUCGCACAGUCUGGUGCCACAGACAAUGAUGUAUCGUCUGCGACUGCGAGCAAUGAAUUAUCCUCGCAUCCGACCAACAGCAGGGUGAGCAUAGAAAGGCGUCUCGCUGCUGUUUCAAGCCUGCAAGAGGCAAGACGCAUCGUUUUGGAGGAACAGCUGAAAAAGAUAUCAUCACUUGUAUCAGUCAACGCGGAGCAGCUUGACCCUCAGGAACCUCUUGCCGACCUCGGCCUCGACUCGCUGAUCGCGAUAGAAUUCAAAAACUGGCUUGGACGCAGCCUGGGGGCUGAUAUCAGAGUACACGACAUUCUCGAUGCUAGUUGUCUUGGAGCCCUGGCGGAUUUGGUGGCACGGAAGUCCAAGUUCGUCCCCGGUGAUUUGCCAGAAGAAUCAGAUCAGGCUUCGCCGCCAAAAAGCGCUGUCGAUUGGCACACAACACCGAUUGGAGGACAACAGACGUCAAAGCUCCAAAAAAGCGAAGAAAUUCAUGCGGUCGCAUCGGAAAUGAUCGCAAGUGGCACAGUUGACUUCAAAGUUGCUACGAACAGAACAAUGAACAUUCAAGCGUCGAACCCUGUGGAAAAUAGCCCAGUCAUGGUGAAAGGCACUCAGUUGCUGUCAUCUGAGCGCGAGAAUCGCUUUGUCACGAACAACUGUCCAAAGUACCCUUUGCCUUCGUUGGACACGAUACUGGACGCAUACCUUACUGGUGUCAAAUCCUUCGCCACUCCAGAAGAAUUCCAAAACACCAUUCGUCUGACCGAAGAAUUCAAACAGGCAGGCAGCAGGGGUCGUCUCCUUUACGAUCGUGCGGUAGCCAGAUAUGCAAAUCCCAAAUGUGAGAACUGGGAACAUGAAUUGCAAGUCCGACGUGGUUUUCUAGACCGCAGAGCAUCCCUCGCUCCUUGGACCAACUUUUGGUUCAGUCAUCCACUGAGCAAGCUUCAGCAUUCACAGGCAGAACGUGCUGCUCUGCUUGCAUUCUCAGCCAGCCAGUUCAAAUUAAAGCUGAGGGCUGGAUUGGUGAAACCAGUCAUGCUCAAUGAGCAAGAGCUAACAACUGCAUACUACCCUUACAUUUUCAGCACGGUACGGGUCCCGCACGUGGGAAGUGAUGAAAUAGAGACCUUUCAAAGUGUCGACCACUGUGUGGUUUUAUGGCGAGGCCAUGCCUUCAAGUUGAAUCUCUCUGUUGGGGGUAGGGCGGCGCUCUUCGAGGACUUCUUGGUCGCCUUCCACUCAAUCCUGAGUCAAGAUUUGGAACGCUCCAAUGUGACGAUAUUCACGUCCGACAACAGACCAUCGUGGGCCAAGGCAAGGCAAGCGCUCCAAAAUCUCGAUCCGGUGAAUGCUGCUAGCAUUGCCACUAUUGAAUCUUCGGCGUUCAUAGUUGCAUUGGAUGAAGCCAUGCCUUCAACUGCAACUGAACGAGCAAGGCAGUUCCACUUUGGAGGGGAGAACGAUGCAGCUAAUCGCUGGCAGGAUAAAUCAAUCCAGUUCGUGGUCUGCAGCAAUGGUGCUUCCGGUAUAGUAGGUGAGCACACCAUGCUAGAUGCUCUAACAUUGAAUGAGUUCUUGGACGAUCAAAUCAAAGCCAUCGCCACAUAUAAGCCGUUAGACGCUCGCGUGAUCCAACAAGAAAGAGCCUUGUCGAUAACCUGUCUGCCUCUGAAGACAGACGCUGCGCUCGAAACUCGCAUUAUCAAAGUGCAAGAAGAGUAUGCGGCAAGCACGUCAGGAUCCGAACACGCAUACCUGCUCUUCGAUGGGUACGGCUCAACCUUCUUGCGUGCCCAAAGGUUGUCUCCAAAGAGCGUUUUCCAGAUGGUCGUCCAGCUUGCCUCCCUGGCAACAUUUGGUUAUACGCCCCCAUGCUGGGAGACAGUGAACCAAGCGCACUACCAUCUCGGGCGCGUCGACAUCAUCCAGGUCAUCGUGCCCGCAGUUGCCACUUUCUUGAAAGUCGCCAGGGACUCUAGAGUCCCAUUAGCGCAGCGCCGUGCUCUCCUCGUCGAUGCCAUUCGGGCGCAUGUCAAUACCAUAAACAAAGCAGGACGAAACCUUGGCUGGGAGCGCAAUCUGACCGCUCUGAGAGCGCUGGCAGAGAACCCCGAUGAGCUGCCUGAGCUAUAUAAGGACCCAGUUCAUACCAGGGUACGGCCUCGACUGAUGAUGAGCAAUUGCUUCGAAACGGGCAUGAUGGAGAAGGGAUGUCUCUGGAAAGAUCCCGAGGCAGUCUGGUCGCAUUACGAAGUUUAUGAUGAGAGUGUGUACUUCUCGGUCGUAACUUCGCAGGCACACCGCGCAACUUGCUUCUGUGAGAAUUUGAAGGAGGCGGCGGAACUGGUCAAACAAAUCGUUCUUGCAUAA